CAUUCUCCCUCUCCAACGGAUCUCCCCUCUCUCCUCUCCACUCUCUCUCUCUCUCUCUCUACAUUAUUCUCUGUGCAUUUUAAUUUUUUCCUCUUUUUUUUCUGUCACUGGGGGCCCAGUUUUCCCCGCCUACUCUCCUCAUUUCUAGCCUGAAACUAGAAUAGUGGAGCCAAGAAAUAGUUAAUCUCUCCGGCUGCUCCUAUGAUUGGCCGCUGUAUGCAGCGCUUCAGCCUCCUUGAAUGAGAAAUAGGGGUAACCAGGCAACUUCAGUGCAGGAGAAGAAGAUUAGAAGAAAAAAAGAAGAUAGAGGGUUUUUUUUUUUUAGAAUUAUGGAGUAAUUUUGAAAAAGAUAAAACACAGCAAAGGCAAUGUGAUUUCACCUUACGCGUCCGGCAAAUGGAAUUAACAAAUGGAUUUUCUUAAACGCGCUUUCUCCCUCUCUCUCUCUCCCUCUCUCUCUCUCAUUGGGGGGGAAAAAUCGAGCGCUCAAAUGAAGGGGGACACAGAUGUGGAUUAAAACGCAUAAAUGGGAGACUUCAGGGGAACAUCCGCUGAGAAAAGUGCUCGGAGCAAGUGACUGUGAUGGGCUGUCGGACUGCAUCUGAAGUACUCUACCAAAGAAUAAUAUCCACUCCUGACCUACUCUGAAGAACAAUAUUUGAUUCAAUCAAUGUUGCAGCCUCCCUCGAGGGGAAUUACUCCUGAGCAAUAGGUGAACCCUCCGAAAAGAGCAACAGUGGACCAUGUGAUACUUGACCUUCACGGAGAGAACUCAUGCACACAACGGAAGAUGUCAAAUCUGAUCUGAAGCUGUUCUUGAGAGGAUCGCCCAGCUCAUAAUUCAAUCAUCUUUCCUAUGUUGUGUAUAGCAUUACUCAAACACCAUGGGCCAAUAGUGACGAAAAAGUAGUUUUCAAUGGUGGGUCUUCAGUUAUUGAGGAGUACCAGACGUCUCACCAUGGAUUUGAAGGAGAUUUUCUUCACUAGAGAGCGACUGUGAAACACACCGGAGUGAUUCGGACACUGGGAGCUGGGAGGAUUAGCUUGAGUGCUGCUAACCCAUGGUGGAUCUGCUGUGAGCAGGACAAGGGACUCAGUGGUGGAGGAUGUCAGCAGAGGCCGAGCUCCAGCCGGGUGUCAAAACCAGCCAGAGAAAGGAGUCCAGGCGGAUCAAAGGUCAGGACCGCAGUGAGGCGGGGCUUAUUAAGCGUUUCCGUGGAGAUGGCGUGCGCUACAAGGCCAAGCUGAUCGGGAUUGAUGAGGUGACAGCGGCGCGUGGGGACAAGCUGUGCCAGGACUCCAUGAUGAAGCUGAAGGGGAUGGCUUCCUCGGCACGUUCCAAAGGGGAGCACAAGCAGAGAGUCUUCUUGACGGUCUCUUUCGGCGGGAUCAAGAUUUACUGUGAAAGAUCAGGGGUGCUCCUUCAUCACCACUCAGUCCAUGAGAUCAGCUACAUCGCCAAGGACACCAGGGACCACCGGGCCUUCGGCUAUGUCUGUGGAAAGGAGGGCCACCACAGGUUUGUGGCCAUAAAGACCGCACAGUCUGCGGAGCCUCUCAUCAUUGACCUCCGCGACCUCUUCACUCUCAUCUACGACAUUAAACAGCGGGAGGAGAUGGAGAAGAAGGCCCAGAAGGACAAGCAGUGUGAGCAGGCGGUCUACCAGACCAUCCUGGAAGACGAAGUGGACGAUCCAGUUUACCAGUACAUAGUGUUUGAGGCUGGACACGAACCCCUCCGUGGCCCCCAGUCAGAGGAGAGCGUUUAUCAGGUCCCAACCAGUCAGCAGAAGGAAGGGAUCUAUGAUGUCCCAAAACGCCAUUUCAUGACUAACAUCAACCACUUUGAUCUUUUCGGCGACAUGUCCACUCCUCCCUCGAUGCCCCCUUCACCUGCCAACACGUUGGACCCGAGCAGGAGCAGCCGCCAGCAGCAACACACUCCUGCUGAGCUGUACGCCCCCUUCAGCCCCACCUCCGUGCCGUCAGGUUAUAUGACCAUGGGUCCGGUGCAGGCGGCUCAGUGGGCCCAGCAGCCGUUUCCUGCCCAGGCUCAGACUCUGGCCUUCCCCGUGCAGGGGCCCCUCCAGGUGGCUCAGGUCCUCCCUGGUGGUCAGCCUGUCAUCUGGAGCCAAGCCAACAUCUUCCCUGCCACUCAGCAGCAGUGGGCAGCCAUGGCGGCGUACAUGCCAGCCCAGACGGUGGGCGUCGGGGGCCACGCCAUCCCAGCUGCCAUGCUCCAAGGCCUGGUACCCAUCACGACCAUGUGCCCCCAAGCCUGCGACCUGUCGGCCCCCUCCUCGGCCAUCACCAGCCCCCAGCACACAGCCGACUCCACCCUGCUCCAAAGGCAGCUUAGCCUGGGGAAAGAAGGCCUGGACUCGGACGCAGGCGAGGGUCCGUCCACGUCGGGGGCAGCAGGUGGGGGGCCUGGUGCUGUGUCAGCAGCGGUGAGCAGGUGUGGAACCCCAGGCCUCAUGAACGUACCGGACACACUGGUCUGCAGUCAGCUGCUGCCACCUCCAACUGCUGCGACCCAGGAAGAGGAAGGCAGCUGUAGUGACCUCGAUCUCUCCAGGAUGACGUUGAGUCCAGGUACAUCCACAUCACCGUCUACUGAAUCUCCAUCCACUCCAGCCCCUCAGCAGAGCUCAUCUUCAGACUGUCCCCCCUCCCAGGCCAGUGACCCCCCUACAGAUCACUCGCCUGUUGACCCCGAGGGCAACGCCAGCAAGGAGGAACAAUCGGGUGCUGCUGCUGCAAGGUCGGAGUCUCCGGUGCCUGACGGAGAUCCUGAUCCUCCGCAGGAUCAAACCUGUCCACAAGAAGACAGCUAGAGACAAUGACAAGACAAUGAGCGGGGGAUGGAAGCUCUCAAGGCCAAGACAGAAGCUCAUGAGAAAAAGAAGAGGAAGAGAGAGAUGAGUGACUGUGAGCAGCAGCCUCUCUCACAGCUGGAUUACACAGACUUGUUCUGUUUUUUCAACCUUUAACGGAUAUUUUGGCAGUUCUGUAAUAAGCUGGCUGUCCAAGGAUCUGCUUUUUUUCCUCCAGAGGCCACAUACUGUACUGGACUGGACUGUACUCCUCAGCAUGGCGACCAACCAGACUUUGGCUUUAUUGUCCAAUCAAGCAACCUUUCAACCAGGAAGUGACCUUUGAUCUUUGACCGAAAACCUACAACGAGAGGAGUUUGCGUCCUUCUGUGAUGGAUUGAUGUGUUUGUAUCUGUGAGGAAAUUUGAAAAAAACAAAAGCAAAACAUGGUUACAUUCACGAUGCAAAUUAUUUUUUGGAAAACUUUCAAGAGGAGCAGCGUCGUACUGUAUGUGGUUGACCUUCAGCUUGUCAGCUGCCACCAGCAAAGACUGUUCACAGCAGGUGGAUUUGCCAAAUGUUCUCAUUGUAUUGCUCCACCGAUCCGUCCAUUUGCAUGAGCAGACUUAAUGUGGAUUCAGCGGACUGACUCAGCUGCGAGCGGAACUGUUCUCUGCAGCUUCCUUCUAGGCCUGGAACGAAUCGAAGAAAAAAAAAUAUGAGUUUUCUUUUUCUUAUUUUAUAAGCUGUGAAUUCUCAAUUGAUGACACCGAGUCAUUACAGAUAUCGAAAAUGACUCUGAGGCAUCAAUGUUGAGAUCAAAAUUUGCCAAACAUCUAUUUUGUAAAUAAGAAUCCUCCCGGUCCCCCAUACCUGAGCCUCUGUGCCAUACGAUAGCUCUCUGCCUCUUGGAUGCCAACUACCUGUGUUUCUCUCAAGCAAUGCCCUACCAGCACCUCCAUCUUUGACGUCUGGACGUUUGUUUCGCUUUUGCAGCCAUUUUUAAGUUUUUUUUAUUUCUGAAAAUGUCUCCUGUUCAGUUGGUGAGAAAUGAACUGUGAAUCUGUGUUACAUGGUCAUUGAAAAUAAAGCCUGCUGUACCUGUCUGACUCAUCUUGAAGCUGAGAAAUGAAAGAAGCAAGGGAGCUGGAGUACUUCUUAAAGACUUUUAGAGUAAUAGGAGGCAGAUUUUCCUGCAUCUCUUUGCUUUUAGAUUUCCAACUGAGGUCGCAUUGUUUACAAUUUGCCUCUCAGAAUUCUAUCUCUGUUUGCUUUCUUUGAACAAGUGAGCAGAAUCAACUCGUUCUGACAUGACACGGCCUAAAUAACCACAAGCUCAGAGACAGUAGAGUGCAUUUCGAUGCCUUAUCAGGUUUAUUUUUAUUGUUUAGUCACUGUUCUCCUUGUCAGGUCAUUGUAUACAGUAAACAGGUCAUUGUUGUAACAAAGCACUUAUAGGCAUAUUGUAGGUCUGCUCCACUGAGUUAAAAUGGUCAAAAAGACAACAAAGGCAACUUUAUAUCAUACGAACAACAAAGAUAUCACCAUUAACUGCUAGACUUACAAUAACGAGUUGUAACUGUACCCCUGCUCGUGUAAGAAAAAUGAGAAAUAGUCCAAAAUAUUUUGUAAAUUUUAUUUAUGGAAUUACGAAUUGUCAUGAAAAAGAGAAAAAGGACUUUUGUACGUCUAUGACUUCCCCCAUACACUGUACCCAUUCCACUGUUCAGUCACAAAUAAAAUAUCAUGUGAUUCCCACA